CCGUGCAGCUGCCACCGGAACGCUUGCACCUGCUUUGAAGUUCUCAGCUGAGAAAGCCUCUCCCAUCCUCCCGUCACUUUCCCCAUCAUCACAUCAAGCCCAUUGCUUUCCGAAAAAUUGGCAGUCACAAGCUCAUGCUUCCGACUUCCAUCCUCUGCCUAUCUGCAUUCGCCCUCUCCCUUGUACUGGAGCCCUUUCCUGGCUCGACGACGCACGCCUUUCUCGUCCCUCGCCCCUUCAUCAGCCCUACCAAUGGCAUAAGACCCACCAGGCUACCAAUUACUGCGCCAAGGGAGACGAAGCAGGACAAAAGGGGGCCAUGGGGUCCGCGGCUUUUCGUCCGACGAAAGUCAGAGAGGGAGGAGCGGGACGAGGAGGAGGAAUACGGCGACGAGGAGGAGGAGUACCAGGACGAGGUGGCUCGAAUCGUGGGCGUCGGGCGCGAGGGCCGGCCUGUGCGAAGGAACAAGAACGUCUUUUUGGAAUGGCUCAGAGAUGUCUACCAGCGCAUCUUUUGGUUCGGUUUGGAAGGGCUUGACGACGACGAUGAUGACUACUACUUGGACGAGAUAGACUGGCUGGGUGAAUGGAACCGCCCCCAGGACGUGGGCCAAGGGUGGCGGGCGGCUGCGGAGGAGGACAUCGAGAGAGCGAGGACGGAGGGGGGGGGAGGGGUAUUCCGAGGGGCCUUCCCCUUCGACCGACAGACUUACCCGCAGCAAUUCGACGCGGAGAGGAGAGGGAAACGAGAGGGAGGGGGGAAGGGAGAAAGAGAUGGGCGCGAAGCCAUUUUGCGCAAGACUGGUGAGAGGGAGGAGCCUGCCGUCUGGUCGAACGUGGGAAGAGGGAAAAAGGGGAGGACGGGAGGUGGGAUUGGAGGGAGGAAGGGAAAAGUGGAGGAGGAAAGGGAAAAGGAGAGUUUUGCGUCGGACAUGGCGCGCUUGGAGGAGAGAGAGGAGUCUUUGAUGGUCUCCAGGGAGGUCUGGAGAAGGCGGAUUGCGGACGUGCUGCGAGCGGGGGAAGGUAUCGAUACAGGGAGGUUGAGCAAGGCUCGAGCACGCCUCCAAAUGGUGGACCGGGAGCUGGAGCAGAUCGACCGGGAGAGGCGAGCACUCAAUGGUUUGCAAGCGAGGGAGAGAGGGAGGAUGGAAGAGGGGUGGGGGGACGAGGAGGACGAGGAGGAGGUCGUGGCCGAGGGAGGGAGGGAGGAACGGGGGCAGUCGAAAGCACUGUAG